AUGUCAGUAGAAGAAUCGGAAUGCGAAGCUCACUUCGCCGCCACCACAAGAAGAAAUAAAGUUGGCCGGUUCGUGGUGCAGCUCCCAAAGAAGCCAUCCGUCCUAUCUCUGAUGGGAAAUUCGUACGAAAUAGCCAGGAGCCGCUUUCUCGCAGUUGAACGUCGAUUACAAGCUCGUCACCUGCUCAAGGCCGCCUACUCGGCCUUAAUCGAGGAAUACGAACUUUUGGGUCACAUGAAGGAAGUUACUGAUACCACCCAACCUACUGUGCAUCGCCCGUAUUACCUCCCACAUCACUGCAUCGAACGCCCAGACAGCCCAGUUUUCGAUGCGUCAUGCGUAACAGACACCAACAUCUCUCUAAAUAACGCGCUGAUGGUAGGUCCAGGCGUGCAAGGUGAUCUAUUCUCCAUUACCAUUCGGUGGCGUACUCAUCAGUACGUCAUAAUUGCGGACAUUGAGAAAAUGUACCGCCAGAUCCAGAUACAUCCAUCGGACCAUUGUCUUCAGCGAAUUCUCUGGAGAAACGACCCGUCGGAGCCGAUUCGUACCUUCAGCUCACGACAAUGA